CAUCCACACCAAUUGAGCAAGAUGUCAGAAAUAGUGACCACGAUUGAUAUCCAAGGCAAGCUGCCCAAGGUAGCGUCCGGCAAGGUGCGCGACUUGUUCGCAGUCGACGAUGGCACACUGCUUUUUGUCGCGAGCGACCGCAUUUCGGCAUACGAUGUGAUUAUGGAGAAUGGAAUUCCAGGCAAGGGUGCUCUGCUCACAGCCAUGAGCAUCUACUGGUUCAACUAUCUUCCCCAGCACGUCCCGGGCCUCAAAACACACUACAUCAGCAACACCCUCCCCGGGCCCAUCUCAUCUCUAACCAGCUUCAAGGACCGCUCCAUGCAAGUCCGUCGCCUGCGCAUCAUCCCCAUCGAGUCGAUUGUGCGCGGCUACAUCACCGGGUCCGGGUGGUCCGAGUACAAGAAAUCGGGCACUGUGAACGGCAUCAAGCUUCCUGCGGGACUAAUCGAGGGCCAGAAGCUGCCACAGCCGCUGUGGACGCCGUCCACAAAGGCCGAGCUCGGCGACAAGGACGAGAACAUUUCGCCUGAGAAGGCGCGUGAGAUCAUCGCAGACGCCAAGAUUGCUGCGCGCGUCGAGCAGCUGAGUCUGGCCAUCUACGAAGCGGCGGCUAAGCGCGCCGAGUCUGUGGGCAUUGUGCUUGCGGACACCAAGUUUGAGUUUGGGCUGGAUGAGAAGGAUGAGGUAGUUUUGGUGGACGAGGUGCUGACGCCGGAUAGCAGUCGUUUCUGGCCCAAGGACACUUGGGAACAGAACCUGGGUAAGGCGCAGCCGAGCUUCGACAAGCAAUUCCUGCGCGAUUGGUUGACGAGCAACGGGUUGAAGGGGAAGGACGGUGUGAAGGUGCCAGAGGAGAUUGUUCAGCAGACGGCGGAGAAGUAUAGGGAGGCUUACGAGAAGAUCGCAGGGAAGUCAGCUUAGAGUAGAUCCCGAGGUUCGCCGAUACUCAGAGUGGAAGUCGAACGUUGACGCCUUCAUUCGGCCUCAAGCCUCUAACCAACUACGUCUUCCUAUAUGCAACUCGCUAUCUCCACCAAAUGCCAGAUUCGUUUCCCCUAUCCAGAAUCACUAUAUACAACUACGUGUAAAACACCAAACACCGUGAUAUGCAGACAUGUCAUGAGGGGCCACCGAAAGCAACGCCACCGCUACACUGCACACAUGUAAACCCAAAUACCCCAAGAAAAUGGACAUACGAAACGCUAUUAAAUAUCAAAAGGGAUUAUGUGCACUGGAGACCACCCGCGUUGGUCAAGCCCGCCUG